AUGUCGUCGGAAGCUGCCCCCUCGCUCGCUGGUGCCGCUGGUGCGGACGCCACAUCCAACGUGCGCGACCUCAAGCCCGUCAUCAAGAACGUCGACAUGGCCGAGGACAUGCAAGCUCAAACCAUCGAGAUCGCCUACGACGCGCUCGAAAAGUUCAGCGUCGAAAAGGACAUGGCGGGCCACGUGAAGCGCACGCUCGACCAGAAGUUCGGUCCCACCUGGCACGCCGUCGUCGGCCAACGCUACGGAUCGUACGUCACGCACGAGACCAAACACUUUAUCUACUUUUACCUGGGUCAGAUGGCUUUCCUGCUCUGGAGGGCGUAG